AUGAACCCAAAGAAUGGCCCAGGUGGUGCCUCAACCAUUUGGCAGGAGGCGCGCAAUGCCGAGGGAAGGGUUUACUACUAUAAUGUGCAGACAAAAGCGACACAAUGGGCUAAGCCCGUUGAGCUGAUGACUCCUGUUGAGCGUGCGCUAGCAGAUCAACCUUGGAAGGAGUAUACAGCGGAUGGUGGACGAAAGUACUGGUAUAAUACGGAGAGCAAACAGAGCACAUGGGAAAUACCUGAGGCUUACAAGAAUGCGCUUGCGCAAGCUCCUCCUGUGCCAGGUCCGCCAGUGGCUGCUCCUUCUUUCGUUGCAGGUGGCGGUAGCUCCUACUCGCACCCACACCAUGAACGCGAUGAUUACGAUCGGGGUGACCGCGGCGAUCGAGGUGACAGAGGCUACAACGACCGACGAGGAUACGGUAAUUUCGAUACAAACGGCAUGGUUGCUGCCCCAGCAAUGAACACUUCGGAGCCCGAAUACGGCUCUAUCGAAGAAGCUGGGGGCGCUUUUAUGAAGAUGCUCAAAAGGCACAAUGUGCUGCCCGAUUGGACUUGGGAGCAGACCAUGCGGGUGACGAUUAAGGACCCGCAAUAUCGGUCUCUGAAGGAUCCGCGAGAUCGUAAAGCUGCUUUUGAGAAAUACGUGGACGAGGUUCGCACGCAGGAGAAGGGUCGGGCGAAAGAAAGAUUCGCUAAGCUCCGAGCAGAUUUCAACACUAUGCUGCAGCGCCAUCCUGAGAUCAAGCACUACAGUCGCUGGAAGACGAUCCGUCCCAUUAUCGAGGGUGAGACGACUUUCCGAGCCACCAGUGAUGACAACGAGAGACGCCAACUCUUUGAAGAUUACGUGAUUGAGCUCAAGAAAGCCCAUGUGGAUCAAGAAGCCGCUACACGGAAGGUCGCCAUGGAUGAGUUGGUUGGUAUCCUUAACGGUCUGGACCUUGAACCGUACACGCGCUGGUCCGAGGCUCAGGUGGUCAUCGAGUCCAAUGACAAGGUGCAGGGUGAUGUUAAGUUCAAGUCUUUGACCAAGUCCGAUAUUUUGACUGCAUUUGAGAAUCAUAUUAAGUAUUUGGAACGUACAUUCAAUGAUGCCCGUCAGGAGCAGAAGACUGUUCAAGCCCGCAAAGAGCGCCGCAACCGAGAACAUUUUCUCGAACUCUUGAAGGAAUUGAGGUCUCAGGGUAAGAUCAAAGCAGGAAGUAAGUGGAUGAACAUCUGCCCUGUGAUUCAAAAUGAUCCCAGGUACCAAGCUAUACUGGGUCAGUCUGGGUCGACUCCCCUUGACAUGUUCUGGGAUAUGGUGGAGGAGGAAGAGCGCUCGCUUCGUGGUCCUCGUAAUGAUGUGCUGGAUGUUCUUGAUGACCAACGCUAUGAGGUUACCGCGAAAACUACCUUUGAAGAAUUUAAACCUGUCGUCGAAUCCGACCGGCGAACCUCUAAAAUUGACCCUGACACGCUCCAGCUCAUCUUCCAACGUAUCCAAGACAAAGCAAUUCGCCGGGAUGAAGAGGAGAAACAUGCAGCUGAUCGCCACCAACGCCGUGCUGUCGAUGCACUCCGUUCACGAAUCAAGCGCAUCGAGCCCCCACUGCGGGUUACGGAUACCUGGGAUCAGGUCCAACCUCGACUAGAAAAGUACGAAGAAUACAAGGCCGUCGAAAGCGACGAGAUGCGGGAGUCUGCAUUCGACAAAGUAAUCCGACGCUUGAAAGAAAAAGAAGAAGAUCUAGAGAAAGACCGCGAGUUGCGAGAGCGCGAUCGAAGCCGUCGAGACAAUGAUCGUGAAUAUCGCAGUCGGGGAGAACGACGAGGUGGCAGCCGCGCCAGUCGCUCGCCCGAGCCAGACGCCUAUGAGGCAGAUCGACGCAAAGCCCAGGCAGAUCGCGAACGAUCUUACCGUACGCGUGACGAUCGCGGCGAUCGCAGCGAUCGAGAUAGAGAGCGUGACCGAGACCGCUACCGUGAUCGGGAGCGGGAACGGGACUUCGAUCGCCGCCCAGGCAGGGAUUUGGACCGCCGGGAAGACGAACGUGAGCGCUUAUACCGUACUCGUGGUGAUCCUCGUGGAAGUCGCGAUGAGCUCGAUUAUGGAGAAACCCGCAGCACCACUAGUGGUGGAGACCGUAGACGCAGACGGGAGAGUGACACUGAGAGUGUAGCAAGUCGUUCUGUGAAGCGAUAUCGCCGGGAUAGUCGUGAACGGGACCGCAGCAAGGGACCACGACGAGACCGUGGAAGAGAGCGCCCUGCCAUUCCUGAGGAAGACAUCAAAGAUGCAGAAAAGGCAAUUCAUUCUGGAAGUGAGGAAGGAGAGAUUGAAGAGGAUUAG